AACAGAAUAUUAUCUUAUUCCUAAUUCGUAAUCUAGUGGAGAAAAAUAUUGAGUAGCAAGGGUUCGUCAAACAGAAAGACCACAUUUGGUAAUUUGCCAUCUAUAGAAUUGCCUAAAUCAUACAGAUUGAUAACAUGGAUUCUGAAUUGGCCUCUUGUAGUCGUUUGCUUGAAGAUCUUCUUCUUUUAGAUCUUCUUACAAGAGAUAGCUCUGAGCUGAGUGAACAAAUAGGUGUAGACUCUUCUGAGCGAAGCACAAGUGGUAAUGUGUUCGAAGAAUCAGCUGAUCGCAUGAUUAAAUAUGCAAGCCAAGUGGGAAAUGGUGGAGGAGAGUAUUCAUUCUGUAUUAGAAAUUUGUAUGAUACUUUGAAGAAGGAGAGUCUCAAAACAUCUGAAAGCAUCGCCACUUUCAUUGACACUGCUGACGAUUUUCACCUCACCAAAGCUGUAAUUACAGUUUCUAACAAAAGAAAUGACAGUUUCGAUGAGGAACAAAUUAUAUCUAUAAAGAAUAAUUUCAUGAAUGUUAAGAGAAGACGUUGUAUCUUGAGCCGUACAACUCGAGAAUUCCUCCAAAAGGCAUUUGAAGCACAACCAUUUCCGAAUAGAAAAGAUAGGGAGCUAAUUGCGAAGAAAUGUGGAAUAUCAAACUUACAAGUCAGAGUUUGGUUCACUAAUAGAAGAAUGAGAUCCAAGAGAAGAAACUAAACCUUCUAUUCAUGUCUGAAAACAAAUAUAUACAAGAAACCUUUAACAGAUUAGGAUAUAUAGUUAUACUUCAAUUUAACUUGUCUUAAAUUACUAUGUUUGUUUGAAAUGUCAUUAAACCAUUCGAUUGAUUCAGGUGAUAAUUGAUAUUUUU